AUGGGCCAACACGGUGUUUUGACCGACGACCUCAACGCCUUCGCCAACCUGGACGUCCACGUUCCGGGCGCUCCUGACGGGCCGCUCUCCGGCAUGACGUUUGCCGCGAAGGACAUCUUCGACGUAGCGGGCCACGUGACCGGCGGAGGCAAUCCUGACUGGCAGCGCACGCACGGGCCCGCCGAAAGUACCGCGCCGGCCGUCCAAAUGCUGCUGGACGCAGGCGCGACGCUCGUCGGGAAGACGCACACCGACGAGCUAACUCGCGGCAUCCUGGGCCGGAACCCGCACUAUGGAACACCUGUGAACCCCGCUGCCCCCGGUCGCGUUCCCGGCGGAUCGUCCAGCGGGUCGGCGUCGGCGGUUGCGGGCGGCGUUGUCGACUUCGCGCUCGGCUCCGACACCGGAGGCUCCGUGCGGAUGCCUUCCAGCUUCUGCGGUCUGUACGAUCAGGUGGCCGCGAGCAACGCCGUGCGCCAAGAGGUCAGGAGCAGAGUGAACGACCUGCUGGGCGACGGUGCGAUCAUCUGUAUGCCAUCGUCGCCCGCGCCGGCGCCCCUGCCCGAUAUGCCCGUUCCUGAGCGGCAAGAGCUGGGUGUGCGGAUCGGCCGUCUCACGUGCAUCGGCGGAAUGACCGGGUGCCCGCAGAUCAACCUUCCUCUCGCGAAGGUGGACGGCCUGCCGGUGGGCCUGUCAUUGAUGGGCGCACGGGGCUCCGACGAGAUGUUGAUGCGUUCGCAGUAG